AGCGGGGUAAGAAUAAUCAGUGUGCAAUUAGACUAAGAACUACGUUAUUUAAUGUUACUCCAAGGAGCUCCAGGACGAUACUGGUCUUAUCCACCCGAUCAAAGUAUAUUACUCCCUGUCAGGAUACCAAGGCCUUUAAGGGUAUCACACCUAUAGACGUUUCAAUAUAUUCCAAAAAUAAUUAAAAAAUUUAACAUCUCUUCAAACUAUUGUUGUAAACUGCUGCCACCUGCGGUUCUCCAUUGAACGAGGAUUCGAGCAGGUGGAAGGGUUCCUCUGGGCAAGCACUGCACCGAUCCACUCACAAUGUAACUCCAAUCCUCUGUAUACCUCAGUAUACCUGGAACGCGUCAGUUGUGAAUGUGUACCUUUGUUGGCACCCAAGUGAAGCGCUUGAUGUUGAAUAAAAAUUUCUUCUCAAUCUACGUUUCUGGUGUUUAAUUUUUAUCACUGAAUUUGCCCCUGGAUUAUUAGAAAAAAAAAUUAAAAAUUCAUUUUAGUUGGGUAAUGGAGGAAUUAAAGUGAAAAAAAUGUGAGGGUCACUCGUGGAAUGAAAAUAGUCGGAGAUCACCGGCAGUAAGGGGCGAAGUGGAAACGAUGCUGAGACGAUAUUACGGAAUAAGCAGAGGCAGACUAAGGAUAAACCGAAGGAGAUUUAAUUUUCAUUGGAAGGGAUCAUAACUCGAGUGUUAUGGUUAGAAGCACCGAGCGACAACGGUUAAAAAUUGCAAGGCGAUGAACAAAUAAUAAAUGUGUUUCAAAAGACUGAAAGUUCAUUAAAAAUGCAAAUGCAGGAUUCAGGGUAAAAGUAGAUAAUAAAAAAUUUGUGAAGAAAAUUGUUCAUAAUUUCGCUGGGGUCCAUUAGCCCAGCGGAGACAAUAAAACGAAAAUCGUGGAAGGUCAAUCGCGAAAAACGGCGAGCCACUACGGGUAUUCAUAUCAAAAUUCUUGGGCGUGCAGCAACGGUCCGGCUAGUAUAUACGAUUGCCCAACGAGUCCCGUAGUUCGUAUACCUCAACUUGAUGAGGACUACCGGCCCAUCUACUUCUACGUAGCUCAACCUUACACAAUUCCAUAUACUUUUGCAAAGAGACCAAAGCAAACGUCACUGCAGAAACCGGGUAAACAGCGUGGCAACUAUCGUGUGAAAUUUUCGAAGAAAUUAAGUAGCGCAGAAUUUUCACAGAAGGUCAAGCAGGGCGAGUUCUCCAAGAGCCUCAACCAGGUGCAAUUCGUUGAGGAUCCAGUACCAGAAAUCACGAGUUUUACAAAAUUCGAUCAACAUCCCCGUGAUCCCAGGAUGACAUCGAUGUUCCGUCGUGGAACAAUUUUUGCCACAUUUUUUCUCUCACUACUGGGUGGUGGUCUCGUGUGUGCAGCAUUGGUAACGCAACACUGGAUCGACGCGAGACCCUGGAGAACACCAAAUCCCCAAGAGAGUGCUGGACGAGUACAUUUUGGUCUUUUGAUGGGAAAGAAAGAACUCAAUGUCGCGUACGGCUGGCGAACAUAUCAUAUAUCCGUUUCGCAGAUGAUCAAACUCGACCCAUCGGUGAUGCACUGGGGUCUCUGGGUUUCUACGUUAGCCACGACGUCCUUCGCAUUGAUUGCCGCAGCCCUCUCAGCCCUUUUAGCUGUAUUAAAUACCGCAACAACACCGAGAGCUAAAAUUCUCUCUGUUCCAGGAGUUUAUUUAAUGAAUAUUUUGACCCUUCUUCUUUGUGUGGCCAGUACUGCUACUUGGCUAGCCCAGUAUUAUGCAAAAUUAUACACAAAUGUUCUGCCGAAGGAGGACAUCAACAAUAUGUGGACCAGUGAAGGAUCCGCAGAGCUCGGGUAUUCAUUCUGGCUCGUCGUGAGCGCUGGGGUUGUUCACCUCAUCAGCAUAGCAUUAGUCGGCUGGGGAUCAGGGAGAGCCAAAGACGAUCAUCUCGAACCUAUUCCCGCUCUUGAGGAGAAAACUGCUGCUGCCAUAAUGCUUUAUUAGAUCAUAAUUUAUUAUCAAAAUUAUCAAAAUUUUGCCAUUCAGGAUCGAUUAUCAUUUUAACCACCGUGAUUUUAUCCGAAAACCCCACAAACUUAAUUGCCAAGUGGAAUUAACCAUCGAACGAUUGUAUACCGGGUGUUCCAUUAGAAAGAAUCCAACUAAAUAUCUCCUGGGGGAGCAAGUGACAGGAAAUGUGUCAAGACAUUAGUUGUAGAGUUUCGAGAGGGAUAUUUAAUGCAUCCAUUUUUCUGAGCUUUCAACUUCAUGCUUGAAAGCUCUAGGCAUUGGAAGUUUUUUUUUUAAAUAGCAAUCGCAUUUUUCACUCUAAUGAAACUUGCUCAUCUUCAUGAGUUGUUUUCAGAUGCCUCAUCAUUCAUGUCAAUUCCGUGUUUUUCCUCGGAAAAUUCCACGACUAUGAGUCCUGGUAUCAAAUUGAAGAUUCAGAGUUUCUUAGGGUGAUCCAGAAUGCACCACAUGGUAACGUCUGUUCGCAUCCUUUGCACUAAAAAAAGGAGAAAAAAUAACACAAACGUGUGUGGAGGAUCAGGCACUCAUGAGCUCAUGAGUUGUUCAAUGUGGCCACCGUUGACUUGCAAGCACAUCUCCGAGGUAAUGGAGAAUUCUUUGGUAUUGUUUACAUUUCGGAAGAGGUUUGGUGAAUGAAUUGGUGGAGCAAUCAUCCGGACAAAUACGUACUAAAGAUAUGUCUCUACCUCCGGAUGAGACUACUCUCAUCCCUUUUACAGACUUUCGAAGUUCCAAAAAAGGUCAUUGAACCAAUCAUUUGAUAUAUGCACUGAAGAUUCCCUUAACAGGGAUCAAAUCUACUUCACCGAUUUCUAAAUAGUCAAUCCUGGUAAAUCCUGGUUCUACAAUUCCAAGUUAUCUCGCCGAACUACUUAAUGGGUUAACAGAACUCGCUCAAGCCAUCACCAUCUGGCCUCCUCCCUCAAACGUAAAGGAUUGAUACCUUCUGCCGUUUGUAGAUGUGGUCAUCCGAGUAAGGACCUUGAUCAUGUCCUCUGGAGCUGUCCUCUCAAUGAGUAGUACAGAUAUCCCAUGAUCGACGAUCUUCUAUCGCUCGGAUCCUCACCAUCAUAGCAAACUCAAUCAUUUUUAAAAGACCUGAAUAAGGAAUGUUUAGUAACUAUAAACAAUUUUCUGAAGAAAUGUAAUAUAAAUGUAUAACUGCUCAACUACUGAACAUAUGAUAACGAAAAACUAAAUUCUUUAACUUCAAAUUACUUCUGUAAAUAGAUAUUUGUAGCUUUAUAAACCUAUAGGUUUCAGCAAGUUUAAACGAAAAAAAAAAUAUGUCUUUCUUCAAUUUGGUAUCAGAACUCAUUUUCGUCGCAUUGUCGCAGCUUGCAAGUAUGAUUUUGAAAGCUGAAAAAAAUGGAUUGCAUCAACUGUCCCUCUUAAAACCCUCCUACUGAUGUCUCAAGAAAUUUCCGGUCACUUGUCCUCUUCAGGAGAUAUUUAGAUGGAUUGGUGCAAAUGGGACACCCUGUAUACACCUAACGAUAUAGGUACAACUUUUUUCAUUAGAAUAAUUUUGUCAUGAGUUGAUUUUUUCAAGCAUCAAGUGUUUGCCGCAAGUCGUAUGGAAUUGUUCCACUUUUUUCUCUAACUGGUCAUUGCUUUCUUCCACUUGUAUUGAGCAAAUACUUAUAUGACAUAUAAAGCGUGUGAAUCUGCUGUGCUUAGAUGAUGAAAUAAUGCUUUGUGCAAACCUAUGUAAGACCGUGUAAAUAGAAAGUCCAAUGUGAGACAAUCAUCAGUAUGUUUAGUACACUAAUUAAAUUAUUACGUAAAUACUAGAAUUUAUUUUGGAGCUGUAUUUUCAUCUGACAAUAAAAUAAAGCGAAAAAAUUA